AUGGGGAACUGUUGUUCCCAAAAAGAACCCGAAACAGCUGAUGGUGCUGGAAAAUCUUCAGAAAAUGCACAAAAUGAUCCUACGGGAAGCACCCCUCCAACCGCAUCCCCGUCUCCCAGAACAAAAUCCGGCAGACCGUCUCCUAUUGGCACCGUCUUGGGACGGCCAAUGGAAGAUGUUCGCACGCUUUACACAAUCGGCAAAGAGCUUGGCCGCGGCCAGUUUGGUGUCACCCAUUUGUGCACGAGCAAACAGACCGGAGAACAGUUUGCAUGCAAAACAAUAGCCAAACGAAAACUUGUAAACAAGGAAGAUAUCGAGGAUGUUAGGAGAGAAGUACAGAUUAUGCAUCAUUUAACCGGCCAACCGAAUAUUGUGGACCUUAAAGGGGCAUAUGAGGACAAGCAUUCGGUUCAUUUGGUGAUGGAGUUAUGUGCCGGUGGAGAGUUGUUUGAUCGGAUUAUUGCCAAGGGUUAUUAUACCGAAAGGGGUGCUGCAUCAUUGCUUAGGACCAUCGUCCAAAUCGUUCAUACUUGCCAUUCUAUGGGAGUUAUUCAUAGAGAUCUAAAGCCCGAAAACUUUCUUCUUUUGAAUAAUGACGAGAAUGCUCCCCUCAAGGCUACGGAUUUCGGCCUCUCUGUUUUCUACAAGCAAGGCGAGGAGUUCAGCGACAUUGUUGGAAGUGCAUAUUAUAUCGCACCUGAAGUCUUGAAAAGAAAAUACGGACCAGAAGUUGAUAUAUGGAGCAUUGGUGUGAUGUUAUAUAUUCUUCUGUGCGGAGUUCCUCCUUUCUGGGCAGAAUCAGAGCAUGGGAUAUUUAACGCAAUCUUGCGUGGACACGUAGAUUUUACAAGUGACCCUUGGCCUUCAAUAUCUCCGCAGGCCAAGGAUCUCGUUAGAAAGAUGUUGAAUUCAGAUCCCAAGCAGCGGUUGACGGCAUAUCAAGUGCUUUCUCAUUCGUGGAUUAAAGAAGACGGUGAAGCUCCCGAUAAACCACUUGACAAUGCUGUUAUGGGCAGGCUAAAACAAUUUAGAGCCAUGAACAAGUUCAAGAAAGUUGCUCUUCGGGUUAUUGCCGGAUGCCUCUCGGAGGAAGAAAUCAUGGGAUUGAAGGAAAUGUUCAGAGGUAUGGAUACAGACAACAGUGGAACGAUAACGCUCGAGGAGCUAAAGCAAGGACUUUCCAAGCAAGGAACAAAGUUAUCCGAAAGUGAAGUCAAACAACUGAUUGAAGCUGCAGAUGCAGAUGGGAAUGGAACCAUAGACUACGACGAGUUCAUAACAGCAACAAUGCAUAUGAACAGAAUAGAUAGAGAAGAGCAUCUUUACACAGCAUUUCAAUACUUUGAUAAAGAUAACAGCGGGUACAUCACUAUAGAAGAAAUGGAGCAAGCUAUUCGCGAAUACGGAAUGAAUGACGGAAGGGAAAUAAAAGAAAUAGUAUCAGAGAUUGAUACCGAUAACGAUGGUCGGAUCAACUACGAUGAAUUUGUAGCAAUGAUGAGAAAAGGCAACAAAGAAACGAGUGUAAAUCCCAAGAGGCGAAGAGAUUCGUUUGUUCCAGUAAUAUAA